UUUUUCUUUGACUUUCAACUCCAUUUUCCCACUUAUUUUUCCAUUCAACCCCUCAAUUCAAGCCUCUAAUUUCAAACCCCUUCCUUCAAAAAAACUCACCUCCUGUUGUCCUCUUUCCCCAAAAUUCUUCUUCCCUUUUCAUUCCCAUUUCUCAAUUUUUGGUCUCAUUUUUGUGGCUUUUUCUUUCUCUUUCUCUAAUGGGUUGUGCUACCUCUAAGCAAAAGCGACGAUGCCCCCAUUGCCGGAAUUCCAUCACCCAAAGAAGCAACUCUCUUCACGCUCACCAAUCUCCGCCGCCCCACUCCGACGGCUACCACGUCGUUGCCUUUUCCUCCUCCACUCUCGGCUCUCUCAAGCUCGAAAACAUUCACUACGAUAACAAAAUCUACACCGCCGUUGAUGUUCAUGUUGAUGAAUCUCAAUCUCCCCAUCUCCAAAUUAUUCAAACCAAGAAUGACGCUCCGAUGGCCUUAAUUGAGGCUAAAACUUGGUCUAAUUUGAUCAACGACAAAAUUUCCAAAAUUGCCCCCAGAACUCCGAUCAUGACGCCGCCCGGAGAACCCGAAACCAUUAACGUUUGGGAAGUCAUGGAAGGCCUCGACGACAUUAGUCCCUUCCGUCCGACAUGUCGUUCCCGAAGCUUCUCUUUCGAUGUCAGUAGUACAAUUCCGGUAUGUGAUUCCUUAGAACAGGGGAAUUCGAAUUUGAAGGAUAUUUCAAUUAAUGAUUCCUCGUCUUCCUGGCUUCAACCAAUGGAUUUGGACCCUGAUGUGAUAUCUUCGUUUCGGAAAUCCUUUGAGGAGCGAUCACCGGAGGACCCAUUUGAUCUCCGGCCACCAGAGGACGAAUUACCGACCGGAAAACCCGCAGAGGGGAAAAACAGAGACAAAAUAGUGGUGUACUUCACGAGUCUGAGAGGGGUUCGAAAGACAUACGAGGAUUGUUGUGAAGUGAGGAUGAUUCUGAAAUCAAUGGGAGCUCGAGUGGACGAACGGGAUGUUUCGAUGGACUCAGGGUUCAAACAGGAAUUAAAGGAUCUGCUCGGAGAAGGGAUGAAGGGCGGCGGAUUGCCGAGAGUGUUCGUGGGAGAAAAGUACAUUGGUGGAGCAGAGGAAAUUAGGAAGCUGCACGAAGAUGGGGAGCUGGAGAAGAUUCUGGAAGGGUGUGAGAAAGUGGAGGAGGAGGGCGGCGGCGGAGACGGCGGAGGGAGUUGUGAGGCAUGUGGGGAUGUGAGGUUUGUGCCAUGUGAGACAUGCAGUGGAAGCUGCAAAAUUUACUGUGAAGAAGGUGAAGAGGAAGAAGAAGAAGAAGAAGAAGAAGAAGGUGGAUUUCAGAGGUGUCCUGAUUGUAAUGAAAAUGGGUUAAUUCGUUGCCCCAUUUGUUGUUCUUAGUGUGAUUCAAACAAAUUUUUCUAUUUGUUUGUUCAGAUUUUUGGUUUUGGGGUUAAUUUUUCUGUUUGGAUUGUUUGUUGUACAGUGAAGAAGAGGAUUUUGGUUUGAUUGGGAGAGUUGAGUGUGGAUGUACAAAUUUUCCAACUAAUUACUAAGAAAAUACAGCCUCAUUUAUUCAA